AUGCCGCCAAAGACCCCGGCCCCGCGGCUCACACACUUCCUCUGCCUCCCCCUCGUCACACCCUCAUCCCGACCCCAGCUACAAGCCUCACUAUCCGUCUUCCGGGAGAAGAUCACCCAAAACCGCACGCCUCGGAACCCCGAUGGCAUCCCCGAAGCCGCUGUGCGGCCUCUCGGAACCCUGCAUCUCACGCUGGGAGUGAUGAGUUUGGUAGCGCCGGAAAAGGUGGAGAGGGCCUUAGGACUUUUGAGGGAGCUGGAUUUGAAGUCGUUUUUACUAUCUAGUAAUAUUGCUGGUUCAAGCAUGAAGGAGGAGGUUACGAGUUUGACAACGGAGGAGAAAACAGUCACUGUAGAGGCGUCGGCAAUAAGCCCCUCUGGUUCAGUAGCCCAGCAAUCUGCUGUAACUCUCACCACAGAGGAGCGAGAGACGAAGCUUACUGCUGAAGGUAGGAAAUUGGAUACCCAUGGCGCGGGCCCAAUGCUGGGUUUAAAGCCAGCAGAAGGGACGGAGGAAGGAGGUGUGCUAAUUACUCACCCAGCUCUUACUGCUUCCUCAUCGUCAAACUUAACCAUUACGUUAAAAGGCUUGCAAAGCAUGCACCCCAAUCCUGGCAAAACAUCCAUCCUCUACGCCCCUCCUACCCCAAACCGUGUGCUGCAAGCGUUCUGCCUCAAACUCCGAGAUGCCUUUCUCUCCGCUGAGUUACUCGUCCCCGAUACACGGCCCUUGCUACUUCACGCUACGAUCCUCAAUACCGUUUAUGUGCCCGGGGUAAGGGGGAAAGGGAAAGGGAGUGGACAUGGGAAGAGCAGGGCGAGGUUGACUAUUGAUGCUACGGAGAUUUUGGAGGAUUGGGAGGACUUCGAGUGGAUGAAGGAUGUGAGGGUUGAGAAGGUCGCCAUUUGUAGGAUGGGGGCGAAGAAGUUGGAUGAUGGGAGUGAGGAGUAUGUCGUUGAGGGGAGUGUGGAUAUCCCUUGA